AUGACGCAGAUUAGAUCAGCCGAUUUACCGUUGACGAGACGCAAAUCUAAGAACUUGAAACUACCAGUGGUGGCUGCCCAUCAGAGUGUCCGCAAUCAGUUGGACGGACACAAUCGAAGUCGUCCAAAUACUAGCGCCAGUCGUUACAUACACGCAGUCCAACGGGAAAGUAUGACUCCAAAGAGUAACCGAAGUGAUCCGGUGCCUUCUCGAGUGUCUUCUAGACAGGAGGGAGAUUUCUACUUUGGCGAAUUAGAGAGGCAUAAUACCAUAAACCCUGCAUCACCAUCACCGAUAUGUUGCGAGAUUAUGGGGCCUCAGACGUGUCGAGAUUGUAGUCGAUAUCAUAUUCGAACACUGGACCGCGCACGGACUGACACGCAAUUAAGAACUUUGAGAAUCUCGAAUGAAAAUAUAGUAGUGGCAUCGAUUUUAAAAAAGUAUCUGCCAGAACUGUCGUAUGAAGAAAUUCAAAACAAAGUCGCUAGAGGUGAAAUCGCCAGACAUCGAGUCCCAAAUAGUUCAAUGAUCCGGAUGAGGAGUUCGAAAAGGAGCGCGAGAAAAAGCGAAACAACGAACUAUGACAAGUGCAGGAAGCUAUCUCAAAUGUUCUUUGUAAACGUAAGAGAUUUGAAUUUUAAAAUAAACAGUGGAAAAGUAUCAAAAUCGCUAGGAUUUACUGAAAAUAAAUCUGACGCUGCAAAAGCACGAGCUGUCCUUCAAAAAUGGCGGGCAGCUGACCCCGUGACCCCGUCUUUCGUAAGCCCGAAAAGGGUUGUGAUGAUGAAGGAACCAGAAUAUAAAACCUUCUUUUCGCCCCCACUGUUUCCGAAGGAAAGUCAAAACCCGGAACCUUCAUUCUUCGCGGGUUCUACUGAUGGUUAUAAGCUUCCAGAUAAACUUCCGGCGAAAUUGUGUUUGCAGACGUUAAUGCUAGACCAUCGUCUCGCGCAGCGUCAGUGGUUUCACAUGAUUCUGACGAUGUUUAUCCAUUAUAUUACGAGAAAGGUGUGA